AUGGCAUACAAAGAAUAUGAGAUAUUACACAGGCGACGAACUGUCACAGUCCAUGAGACGUCAUCCUCUGAAGAAUCGGCUUCGGUCGCAGUUAAAUCAUGGGGUAAGAUAAAUCGAGAAGAAGGUAUACAAUUACUAUGUCAUGGAUUAAUAGAAAAUCGAAAAGCGAUAGUGGCUGCUCGUCAAAAUGGGCGUAUAGACUUUAUCGAUCCCAAUGAAGAUGGGAAAAUUAUUACUAAAUUUACGGAAGACAGCAUUAAAGUUAAUGAAAAGAAUAAGGGUGUUUUUGUUGGGUUGUUUGCAAACGACAGGACACUGGUAACUGCUACGGAUGGUGGAACAGUUUGUUACAGAUCACUUGCAUCAGCGGACCCAGAACAUACAGUAACAACGCUCACCUUAUCACCAGAUUUAUGUCGUCUGCGUGUUCAUACCAAAGAACAUCAUAUUUUUGCUUGUGGUGGUAAAGAACGUGAUUUAUCUAUUUGGGAUGUAAAUGCACAUGGUUCCGAGACAUCCCCAUCUAUCACAAGCAUAUAUACGAGAAACACGAAGGAUCCACCAGGCGUGAUUUGGAGAGCAAAAAAUGUGAAGAAUGAUUUUUUGGACAUGAGAGUUCCUGUCUGGAUAACAGACUUGCAAUUUCUGAACGACGACGAUGUGUCAAAGUUGGUGACAGGAACACGUCAUCAUCAGAUUCGAUUAUAUGAUAUCAAAGCUGCGCGGAGACCGGUUUUGGACGUAACUACGGGUGAGCAUCCAGUGGUGGCUUUAGUCCGAGGGAAAAAUGCAAAUGAAGUAGUAUUUUCGGAUACGUUCGGAAAUGUUCAAUCAUUAGACAUUCGAGCCGGGAAAUUACUCGAGCGAUACAAAGGAUUUGCGGGAACUGCUCGUGGCUUGGCCGUAGAUCACCAAAGGUCUCUUUUGAUCACAGUUGGCCUUGAUCGUUUUUUACGAAUUCACAAAAUGGAUGGAACGCGUAACUUGUUGCAGAAAGUCUACUUGAAACACAAGCUAACUGACGUAUUAAUUGACACUGAUGAUGUUGAGCCUACAAAUACGGCGCCACAGGCCGAAGCUGAUGACGAACUCUGGAAGACGUUAGAGACUAAGCCAAAGGUUACGCAAGAUCAAUUUAACAUGCUCAUUCCACCUUUUCGUUAUGCCAUUGUCGAGGAUGAAGUGUAUCGUGGUGCAUAUCCCAAAAGCAGAAACCUACGAUUCUUAAAACGACUCCACUUAAAAACAAUACUUUCAUUAUGUCCUAAUCUACCAGCCGGCGAUCUUGCUGAUUUCUGCAAGGAAUAUAACAUAAAAAAUAUAACGCUUCAGGUCAAUAAAGUGAAAGACAACGUUCCUUUGAGCUAUAGUAAGGCGGUUCAAGCAAUUCAGAUAAUAAUAGAUCCGGAAAAUCAACCAAUAUAUGUACAUUGCUUGGAUGGUGCAAAUGUUACCGGUUUAGUUAUCGCAUGUCUAAGAAAACUGCAAAUGUGGAGCGUUCCUUCGGCUAUGGGUGAAUUUUUAAGAUUCCUUCGCGGAGGAGUAACCUCGUCCGAGGAAAAUGAAUUUGUCGAAAAAUUUUCAGCAGAAAUAGAAAUCCCUUGCACUAUACCUAUUUGGCUGUGGAGCGGACGAGUAGACUUUGUCAAGCAUCCUACGUUGAAACUGAAAUUCUUGGACCCAGGGAUUGUCCAGACAACCACUAAAAAAGCAGCUGGCGGCAUCGGUGAAGGAGAUAGAGAUCUCUUGGGCAAUCUGUUAGAGCCUCCUGCAAACGUGACUACUGAAUAUAGGGAGGUUGAUGCCAUCGAAGAGGAAGAGCCAGAAGCUGUAUCGAUGACUUUACUGGCAUUAGCCUUGGAAGGAUUGAAAGACUGA